UAGAUAGAGAUAUAGACCCACAAAACCCUCUUCUUGAGUGUCACCCAUUGGAGAUAGUAGAUAGAUAUAGUACUACUACUACUGCUAGCUCUAUAGCUUAGCCCCCACUUCAAACACAUCCCGCAAACAAAGAAAACACCACCACUUUUCUUAUAAUGGAAACUGGUCAUCAUCAUGAUAAUAUUGAAAACUCUAUCCAAAGACCAAAUUUCCCAUUACAAUUGUUAGAGAAAAAAGAAGAUCACCAUACAAUAUGUUCAAACUCACUUCAUGAUCCUAGUUCAUCAAAUCAAGAACCAAACAAGAAACAACAACCUCAGCCAAAAAGAGCUUCAACAAAAGACAGACACACUAAGGUUGAUGGUCGUGGUCGUAGAAUUCGAAUGCCAGCAACAUGUGCAGCUAGGGUUUUUCAACUCACUAAAGAAUUAGGUCACAAAUCUGAUGGUGAAACUAUUGAAUGGCUCUUACAACAAGCUGAGCCUUCAGUUAUUGCUGCCACUGGUACUGGUACUAUUCCAGCAAAUUAUUCCUCACUUAACAUUUCUUUAAGAAGUUCAAGACACCACAACAAUAAUUACCUAGCACAAAAUCUUGGUCAUGACCCUUAUCAAGGUCGAAAUUAUUUUAAUGGGGCUGGUUUAUUUUCCUCCGAAAAUUCGUCGAUGGGGUUUAAUAUUUUUCCUAGUGGGAAUUUAGCCAUGUUACAAGCUAAAGAGGAACUAUGUGAUCAGAUUCACGACGAAGUUGAUAGGGAUCAGGGUGAUAACGAUAAUAUUGGAAAAAAGAGGAGGUCAGAAGAUCAAGAUUUGAUGCCGGUGUUACAAAAUUACCAUAUGGGUAAUAUGUUACAACAAUCUAGUAGUUAUGGGUCAAUUCCAGCAAGUCAUCAAGGGCAAACACCGGCAACAACAUUGUAUAUGAUGACAAAUAGUAGUACUAAUAAUUCUAGUCAUCAUGACCCUAAUAAUUCUAUGUGGGCAUCUCCUAGUAAUAUUGACAACUCAAAUAUUAGAGGAGGAUUAUUAAAUUUUAUGAAUUCUCAUCAACCAAUUUUGGGGACACGUGGCGGCGGCGGGACGGCAGUGGAAGGGCAGUUGGGAAUAUUGGCUGCGAUGAAUUCGUUUAGACAAAUGGGUCAUGCUAGUGGUUUUUCUAAUCAGCAUAAUAGAGAUGAUAAUCAUGGAAAUGCUCACCAUCAUCAUCAUUCUUGAGAUGUAUGUAAUUUUUUGUGCUUAAAUUUUUAAUUUCUUUUGAUAGUGCUUGUAAGGGGAAAAUUAAAUACAGUAUCUAUGUAGUAAUUACUAGUAGUAGAUUGUAUUAAUAAUAGGGAAAAUUAAAUUUCUCGAAUAUUGAGAGCAAAAAUGUCUUUUAAUGGGAUUUCUUAAGAAAAUUUUAGUGUUUGGCAAGAA